GUGAACUACAACUCGAAUUCCACCACCACAGAGCGUGUCAGUGUGAAUAACUCUCUUCUUGUGUCACAUUGAAGAGCCACCUCUACGCCAAACCAGACUUUUUCCGUCGACACCGUCGCUCAGACACGAUGAGGUUAGGAACGAUUGCGGCCUUUGUAGGCUUAAUAGGGGCCUCCCUCGCGCACAACAUUCAAUUAAAGGCACACACGCGUGAAUGUUUCCACGAAGAACUGCACAAGGAUGACAAGAUGACGGUGACCUUCCAAGUGGGCGACCGAGAAUUCGGAGGUUCAGGAAACCUGGACAUUGAUUUUUACAUCACCGACCCUGCCGGCAACUACGAAACCCAGAUGAGCACGGUAUCUUCCGGUGACUACUCCUUCGAGGCCCGCAUGGAUGGCAAAUACAUCUACUGCUUCAGCAACGAACAUUGGUCCGCCAACAGCAAAGAAGUCUCGUUCAACGUUCACGGAAUCGUCUACGUUCCCGAAUCAGAGGCCCCAUCUGAUCCUUUGGAAGGCGAAGUGCGUCAACUUUCCGAACUCCUAGCCCAGGUCAAAGACGAGCAAACCUACAUCGUCGUCCGAGAACGUACGCACCGAAACACCGCCGAGAGUACAAACGCAAGAGUCAAGUGGUGGUCAAUAUUCCAGCUGGGGGUCUUGAUAGGAGAAGGAGUGUUCCAAGUUUGGUGGUUGAAGCGUUUCUUCGAGGUGAACAGCCGUCCUCUUCCAUGAAAAAAAAAGAUGAAAAAAAUCCUUUGUACUGUUACUCUGCCCAGAGUUCGUCUGUCAAGAAGAACUGUGGACGCGAUCAUCUCGAACGCCUGAUUGGAUUGAGCUUGAUGGCUGACCCUUUUGUGUUCAAUAGGUCAAGCGAGUUGUAUAAUAGCUUAUGGAUACAAAAAGUUCCGUUUCAUGGGACACUUAUAAACAAGGGCCUUUGAUGAUUUGCAGUUGGUUGUUCUUGGAUGGGAAAUACCUUUGCGAUGGCAUUAUCAUGGAACAUAUCCACGAGCCUCGAUAGUGGCCUCACAGGGUCCGUGGUCGGUGAGGACGAGCAAAUUCAGCAUGUCAAAAACGAUGUCAGGUUUUGGUGCAAGCCGAGGCCAACUCAUGUCAACGAAGGAUUGCCCAAUAUGCGGACAAAUUGAAAAUGCUCAGAAGCAUGUGCAAAAAAGUCCACACC